UCUAAAAGGUAUGGACCAAAUUGCUAACAAUAUUUUUAAAGUUACAUAUAUCAGGUAUAUGUAAUUUAUGCUAAUAUGAUUAACAUUACUAUUAUAAUUCCAGGCUAUGCAGAAGAAUCAAUCUUCUGUAUUGUUCUUCCAGCUUCUUGGGUUUCAGAAUGCCCAAAGUCUUCGAAUUCCACUCUUCUGCAUCUUUCUCAUAAUUUACAUUGUUAUCUUAUCUGGGAAUUUUCUCAUCAUGAUGCUUGUAUUAUUGAGUGAAAAACUCCGGUCACCUAUGUAUUUCUUCUUGAGUCACCUCUCACUAUGUGAGGUAUUCUGCACCACCAAUAUCAUCCCAAACAUGUUACAUAUUUUAUUGAUAGAAGUUGUUUCCAUACCAGUGGUGGAAUGUUUUCUCCAAUUCUACCUCUUUGGUUGCUCAACGUGUACAGAAUCUUUCUUACUUACAGUGAUGUCCUAUGAUCGAUAUUUGGCCAUAUGUUAUCCUCUACAUUACCUUUCAAUCAUGGGCGUCCAGCUCCGUCUCCAUUUGGUUGCCUGGUCUUGGUUGUUAGGUUUUUGCGUAACUCUAAUACCGGGAAUUUUGGUGAGCACACUAGAGUACUGUGGUCCUAACACAAUUGAUCAUUUCUUCUGUGACUUGGCCCCUUUCCUUAAGCUUUCGUGUUCUGAUGUUUAUUUCGUAGAAACAGAAAUAAUUGUGUGUUCAAUACCCAUCAUUCUCUUUCCAUUUUUAUUCAUUAUGAUGACCUACGUCAAUAUUUUCCUGACGAUACUGAAAAUUCCCUCUAAGGCGGGUAGACAGAAGGCCUUCUCUACAUGCAGCUCUCACUUAAUUGUAGUGUGCACGUAUUAUGGGACUCUCAUUAUAGUCUAUAUGGUUCCUACCAAAGGACAUUUCACCGGCAUCAACAAAGCCCUGUCUUUGCUGUAUAUUGUUGUCACACCCUUUUUCAAUCCCAUCAUAUACAGUUUAAGGAAUAAAGAAUUACAGGUUGUAAUGCAAAAAAUGGUUUGUCAUAAGUAA